UGUCUGAGUUGAGCGCUCGCUUAACUCACACUAGAACGGCGGCAGGGCUUCACGGCGCGAGCUUGUCAGUCGAGUCUUGUGUAAUCGUGCUCGACGCGAUGACGAACGCCGGCGCGGCGGCGCUCGGGGCGCGCACGGCCCGCGCCUGCGACGGCUGCAUGCGGCGGCGGGCGCGGUGGCACUGCGCGGCCGACGACGCCUACCUGUGCCAGGCAUGCGACGCCUCCGUCCACUCGGCCAACCCGCUGGCGCGGCGGCACCACCGGGUGCGCCUCUCCUCGGCCUCGUCGUCCACCUCCUCCUCCCUUCCGCGCGUCGACCCCGACGACCCCGCGUGGGUGCACGGGCUCAAGCGCCGGCCGCGCACGCCGCGGUCCAAGCCCGGGGUGACGAGCAAGCACGACGCGCCCGCCCCCGCGGUGGCGGUGCCCGAUCUCGAGGCGGAGGAUUCCGGGUCCGGCAUAGUGGGCGACAACGGCGACGUCCGCGCGGGGGAGGAGGAGGAGGUCUACGACGAGGACCUGCUGUACCGCGUGCCCGUGUUCGACCCCAUGCUCGCCGAGCUCUACAACCCCGUGCCGGCCGACGAGGGCGCGGACCUGCUCGAACAGAAGCCCGCCGCCUGCUGCUUCGCGUCGCUUGCCGAUCAGCCGUCGGCGGAGUGCGCCUCCGGCCUGGCGGACGGGUUCUCCGGGUUCGACGUCGUGCCGGACAUGGAGCUCGCCAGCUUCGCCGCCGACAUGGAGAGCCUGCUCAUGGGAGGGGUCGAGGAAGGCUUCGACGAUCUGCGGUUCUUGGACGAGGAGAAGCCCCACAUGAACCUUGACUUCGACAUGGACAUGGACUUCGAUGACCAGACAACCGCGGCGCCGGCGCCGGAGCAACAAGAGGACAGGAAAAGGAAGCGGCCGGACUCGGAGAAGAUUCUUAAGCUCGACUACGAGGGGGUCAUCGACUCGUGGGCCCGUGACGGCGGCUCGCCGUGGUUCCACGGCGAGCGCCCUCAAUUCGAUCCGAAUGAUUCCUGGCUGGACCUCACGGCCGGUAGCCGGGGAUUCGGACUUGGCGCGGCGGUGACGCCGGUGACGGGCGGCGAGCGGGAGGCCCGGGUGUCGCGGUACCGUGAGAAGCGGCGGACGCGGCUGUUCGCCAAGAAGAUCCGGUACGAGGUGCGCAAGCUCAACGCCGAGAAGCGGCCGCGGAUGAAGGGCCGGUUCGUCAAGCGCACCGCGCUGCCUCCGCUGCCGCCGCGGCCGCCGAUGAUGGUCGUCGCGCCCCACGGCCACGGCGGGGCGCACGGGCGCUUCCGUUUUUGAAAGCAAGCGCUCCAUCCAUCGUCCGUGGAUGCAGCUGCAUGCAUGCCUGUGCAUGCAUCCUCGCCGCUGCUUGAAUGAUCUGCUAAUAAAUACUUCACGUAUGUAGAUGUUCUCUUCUCUUAGUUACUUUCAAAAUUGGGAGUGUAGCGUUAGUUUUUAAGCAGAAUCCUGUGUGAAUUAGGACGCCCUCACUACGUACUCUGAAUAUACUUGCAGCAUUUCAUGUGCAAAGUUAUACUAGCCUGAUUAAAUAUGUAUUUGUACAUAGGGAAUUAGGGAUCCCUUGUAUUUGUAUAUAUGGUUAGGUUUGGUAUUUU